GAUGACCUCAUGAAAAGCGUCUUCAAGAAGUAUUUGCUCAAGGAGGACGAGGGCCCGGUGAAGGCUGCGGAGAUGUUCCAGGUCCUUCUGAAAGAUGCCCGAUCCAGGGAUAUCAUCCAGACCUCCUAUGACACACUCCUGGAGCACUUAGAAG